CACCCUUUUGUUCUCCAAGCUGCUGAUUAGGCACUCCUUGAUCCUCAAUAAUAGGUAGCUAGCUAGCUAGGCGCCAGCAUACACUCCUGUACUGUGUAUACGUGUGGCUAUAGCACUAUACCAGAGCUACAGAAUUAUCUAGGCAGUGCAUAUCACACUAUAAAGGAGGCUGGUGCUUGGACUGACAGUGGGUCUAUAAAUGUCUAGCUUCUUGUCCAAGAUGAAAUUCAAUGAUAAAGAGCUAGCCAAGUGGUCAACCAUGUUCACUCCCGACAAAGAAGGUCUGCUGGAGAAGAAGGGAGCUGGGAAAGGACAGGGCUAUAAGCAGAGAUGGUUUAGAUUGAAGGGGAAUCUUCUCUUUUACUUCAAAGUAGAUGACUGUGGAGGAUGGGAGAAGAACGACCCUGUGGGGGUGAUUGUGCUGGAGAGAGUCCACGUAGACAGGGUGCACAAUGAGACGAGACCCUACUCGUUUGUCCUCCAGUUUGAGAACGAUGACUCUCGCACUUACUUCCUCAGUGCUCAUUCUGAGGUAGAGUUGGAGUCCUGGAUCAUCACCAUCAAAAUGUCAAGCUACGAGACUUUAAAAGCAACUCUGUAUCAGCUCCAGAACAAGAUAAUGGGUCUAACAGGACAGGACCCCCUCAAGGACAAAGGAGUCUCCAUCAUAGGCUCACAGGUCUUACCAUCCAAGAAGCUCUAUGAAAAAGAUGCCAGAAGAACAUUGUACGCCAGGAGUUCAAACAAAGAGCGUGCGCAGAAGCUGCAGAGUUUGACAAACGUAGCCACUGUCAAACACAUGAGCCCUAAGUAUGAGCUCAGCCUCAGUUGUUGUAACCUUCCCACCAGCGAUGAGGGAAAUCCCCCAUCCACGAUGGUGAGGGUGCAGUCCUACACCAACCAAGGUGACACUACUGCCCUAGCCACCCUCUCACACACCGAUGUCAUCGAGAGCUCGGUGUCUCCUUGCUACUCUCAUCUGGUGCUACUAGACCUGGGUCCCUCGUGUCCCCUCACUGGGGUCCUAGAGUUCGAGGUCUUCUCUGUCAACCACACCAAUAUGGAGAUGGGUGACUGCACCUUAGAUGGACAAGAGGAGUGCUUGUUGGAGGGCGUGGUAUUGAAGUCGCAAUCAGUCAAGGGGAACUCAGUACACCUUCGGGUGGGUAAUAUCAUUGGCAUAGCAACAUGCAAUAUCAGCUCUCUCACUGAAAGCACCACCACCAAAGAGCUGAAGCUGCCCCUCAGCCAAGGUCAAUUUGUGUGUGGUUUUUUGGUGGUAAAUGUGACCCAAGUUUCUCAAGUGGAGGAGAGCUAUCAACUGCGAAGAAAUGCACUCGUCAAUCGUACUGACAAGGAUUUACCCGGUGGAGUCUUGCCUAAUAUUCUGACGAAUGUGACUCGCUGCCACUUCAGUUUCCCGAGCAGCAAAACUGAAGAUGCUAAACUGAAAGUGUUUGAAGAGAUGUACGAGUGCGUCUUCAACAUUCAGGUCCCAAUAGAGCUUCUGAAGUGCUAUAAUCGUGAAGACAUUGCUCUCCUAAAGGAGCUCAACUCAAUUGGUGCCCUUGGUGACAAGUGGCUAGGGGUGCUGCGUGAGUACCAGGCCAUGCUGCAUGAGUCCAUUCAGAGCUACUCCCAAUACAUCGGGGAAAUGGAGAACCUCGGAGAAACGUGUGGAUUCAAACGAAGCACUGUGAAGAGAGACGAAACACUUCAGUUUAUUCCCUGUAACCUUCACCUCCAGCGAAUGAGGGUCCAGUCUUCCCACGAAGAUACUCUAGUCACAGGUGAGAGGACAUACAAUUUCUGUACGUUUGGCUGCCCUGCUGAUCAUGGUCGAAGCUUCAAGAAUGGAGGUCUAAGAAAGCUGCUCUCCGAGUGUCGAUCAAGUCCCAGUUUUAUCUGCAAGUCGACCGAGGGUAAAGCCUCCUCUAUCAAACAGACUAUAGCCAAACUGGCAGAGAUACGAACAGCUAUCUGCAAGUACAACAGUGCGCUCUACUCUGCCACAGCCGAUGCCAAACCCACCGCCAUGAACGAGGCAGUCACUGCUAUCUCUAAACAAAUUCAAAAUCUCUUCUGGAUGAUGGAGACAAAGAUUGUCAAGGAAGCUGUAGAAGGUCUGAUCGUUGCCCGGCCAGGCAAUGCCCUCUCAACUGCCCCACCCACCUCUAAGGAUGCCAAGAGGAUGAGUAUGAAGAGACAAUCUAUUGCAGUGGUGGGAAAGUGUACCUGCGGCAAGUGUUUGAAAUGCGUCCCAUCUCCCUCCGACUGGUUGUGGAACGGAAGCAGAGUUGUGCAGAUCAGCUCCAAAUGGAUGAUGUCUGACUCGAUCAGCAGUAUCCAGAAUGACCUGGUCAAAAUUGUGGGGCUGGUGGAGUCAGCUACUCUUCUCGUCGUAGACCAACAGCAUUUAGCAGUGGCGUCUGAAAUUGGCAUUGGUUUAGGAACCUUCAAGCCGACUUAUGUGUGGUCCAAUACAUUGAUUCCUGAGUUCUCAAAACUUAAGCAGACUGUGGAGGGAUUGUUCAGAGUGGCCACCACCUCUCUCUCGUUUGCUCUGGUCCAGCUUGACUCGUACGUCAAAGAAUUGAAGGCUUUGAAGUUGAGAAGAGAUGUGGUUUUCUCCCAAGCUCUAACCUCUCUUGUGACUUCGUUCUACACCAGCAUAAGUCAAAACUUCACUGAUCCCUCCUACUUGCGUCAGAUUAGGAAAAUCGGAUUUCUCGCUCAAUUUGAGAGCUUAUUGAGCUCUGCAGGUGAUGAAAGUGGGAUGCUUGAAGAUAUGUGUGUAGCUGUUGCUGAAUUGGCAUGCGUCAAGUUUCAGCUACUGGACCUCAGGAGUGAAGAUGGUGCUAUAGAUUUUCAAAUCAAAGGAACAAGAGACUCCUUGGUUGUUCAAUUUCUUAUUGCUCCGGAUCUAAUGGCUUUGUUACCAGACAAAGCGAUACAGUCUGGAGAACUUAUAUCUGUGGUUCCUGUGCUAUUCACACAGGGAGUGAAUGAAAAGCAAACAUUCGCACAUAUCAAACACGAUCUCAACUUGACAACUAGUCUUCAGUUACAAGAUGAAAUAAACAGUCAAUCUCUGGAUCACCUUUGUUGCUAUGUGAAAAAGUUCUUAGAACUUGUCAAAAAUCAACAAUCCUCACAAGCACAACUACGUGCAGUAAGAGUCGAAGAUCUAUUGAGCCACCUCAAGAAAACCUAUUCUACCCAUAAAUCUAAGAACAUUGAGCUUCUAGUUGCCUUGCAUCAGCUGGUGCAUUGGGUGAGAGGUGGCAGAAUGACCUCCUGCAAAAGCGGCAAGGACAGAACAAGUAUGUCGGUCACACUAGAAGAAUGCUGUAUGUUGAGGAACAACCAUCACUUGCCUGGCUCAGAGUUUGUGAAGACAUUAUCAACUCUAAGAAGUCAUGGCACCCGAUUGGAAAACUGUCUCAAGAACACCGGGCACAGGUGCUACCACUUCAAUCAGUUGCAGUUGGUCCUACUCCCAAAACUAUUGACACCACCACCCUUUACUUGUAGAGACCCAGAAUAAGAUUGUCAAUUCUUAAUCCACUAAUAAUAUUUUUUUAUGCAGAUUACAUGGUGCACAUGUACAAUGUAUCAUUCGAUCAAGUUGAAACCA